AUGAAUAUCUCACAACCCGUGUCGUCGCAAAUUGGCGGCGUCGAGUUCGCCUUCCUUCCGUCGGACGAGAUUCGCGCCUUGUCCGUCAAGCGCAUCACCAACCCUACCACAUUCGAUACCCUUUUGAACCCUGUACCUGGUGGUCUUUACGAUGCUGCGCUCGGAAACUUUGGCGACAACUCGUGA